CUUUUGCCAGAUAUGAAUAUUAUUGUGGCAACUUGGCAGUCCCUUUUAAAGCAAGAAAGUGCCGUAGCAGACAGUGAAAAUGGAGAAAAAGUACCUACUGCAGAGGAAAAAGAGACCCGAGCUGGCCUUCCAAGAGUUUCUGAUGAUGUCCAGACCACCCUAUUGAAGGCCACUUCUACUUCAGGUCCUGUGUCUGUAUCAAGAGUGGUCCCGCACCUUGUAGCCCAGAGUACUUUUGAUUUCGGCAAACCUAUUAAAAGACCUAAAAUGGGUUUAUACAAGCAAGAGAUAAAUAAUAGUGACCUUAAGUUUUUAAUGUAUAUAAUUUUUCCUCUUAAUGAAACUGUAGGUAUAGUGAGCGAAAAGGGUAUUCGAGAGGAGGUCCCCCCUGUUCUCCAGUAUCAGAUUCUUCAAGUAGCCCUUGAGCUUCCUGCUAACAAGUUUGCCUGGUUCAAAGUCCAGGAAGUUUCUGAAGGUGGAGAAAAGUCCAUAUUUUAUCUGCUGCUGAAAAUGUUUGCAACUUGUAACAAAGCUCAGCUCAAAUCUUCAACCAGAUUAUUGAUCAUUAAGGUUUUGCGUGACAGUGGAGUAUUCGAAUAUACCUGGAAGGAACUGGAUCUCUGGUUGAGAAAUCUGGAUAAAAUAGCUGAUAACUCAAAGAACACAGUGAUCCAGUUUUUAGAACGAACCCUACUCCGGCUGGUGUCUAACCCUUACCCGUACACUGAUAAAGCUGCUGAGAUUGUCCAAGAGGCCAGUUUGCUGCAACUCAGCUCGGGCAAGCAGGACUCGGAGACCGUAAGCAUCCCUGUCUCACACAUUGAUGAUGUCCUGGAUAUGGUGGAUGUCAUUGUGGAGGGCAGCGAGGGGCUGGAUGAUGAAGUUGGAAUGGCCCUGGAUGAGGACCUGAUUCUUCAGACGUUCCCAUUUAGUGCUGUGGUCCCUGUAGCUUUGGAAUUCCGAAAUUCACUGCUAACUCAAACAGAAGAUGAAGAUGACAACGUGGUGCAGUACCUUGUAUCAGUUCUCACAGACGUACUACACUCCCAGAGAGACCCACUUGCCCUCUGUCUCAUGCUCCAGUGCUAUGAUAAAGAAAUAAAGGUGGUGAACAGAAACUCUGUGCAGUAUAUACAACUUGGACAAUUUAAUGAUUACUACAGCUUGUGGAUACCGGCCUCAGCCAAAGAAACUCUGUUUACGGAGUGUGAUGAUUCCAUGAUAGAGAAAUGCCAGCAAGAUGAGUCAUAUUCUUCAUUGUUGAAGAAAACCUAUGCAAGUAGGGACAUAUCUAAGAGUGACACAGAGGACGUUUUGAACAAUGCUGUAUUAAAACUAACUUUUGAUGAGCUCCCUCUGGCUGUGAAACACUCACUGCUUUGCCUGAAAUCCACAGUUGACAACUUCAGCAAGUUUAAAAAAGGUACAGGUGCAAGUCUCAUCAGCCUCUACUUAAACCUUUUGCACAGUCUCUUGUGCAGAUUUGAUUUAGCAAAAGCUGAACCCCAUGAAAAGACAGCAGAAUCUCAGGAGGAAUCGGAGCUCUUUAUUGAUGCUAAUUAUAUAAGCAGUAUAGACACACCUGACAAUAAGAUACUAGAAGAUUUGCUUGCUGUGAUAUUCAAGCAUCCAACUUUGGAGUGCUGGUUCUUGGCUCUGGGUCGCCAGUCGCUGCCGCCUCAUACUUUAAACCCAAUCGGUGUAAAAGUUCUCUCAUCUCACGUGAACAAGGGCCUUAUUCAGCUGUUGAGUUUCAGCGCUCCUCUUCUCCAACAAAACUCAAACCUUCAUUUGAUAUCAAAGUAUUUUAGCGCUAUAGCAGAAAGCAUUUUGAAAGAACUUGAGGACAAAAAGGCAUUGAACAAAAUGUCACAGCCGGUUGAAGCACUACAGAGCUUACAUCCAUACUUGGACACAGCACAGCUUAAUGAAAUUACUUUGGCCAUUUUAAGAUUACCUGAAGACCAUCUUUUUGUAAUGAAAUCUCCAAAUCAUUCUUCUAUGGAUAAACAAUUAAGCUGUUAUGGAAAAGUUUUGGUGCAACUUCUAACUGAAAGCCACCAAAGGAAACACCAGCUGCAGGCGGAUCUGGUCUCAUCAGUUGAGCAUGUGAAGGGAGUGGGGAGUCUCUUAUCACCGUCAUCAGGAGGAGAGAUGGAAGCGGUGCUGUACGAAGCUCUGCAGAAGGACCCAGUGUUUUCUCUUGUUAUAGGAGUUCAUACUCUCAAGUACUGUCUUGAACAGAUGACUGAAACCUGCCUCUCCAUUGCAGCUCUGCUUAUUGAGCACAGCAGGACUCAUUUGCUGCAAUUUGAACUGUGGUGUACAAAUAGUGGGAUACAAAAAUCUCUGAGGAAAAAUAUGGAGGCCUUCCUGCCGUUAAUUAAAGUCUAUUUAAUGUGCAGAAGUCGUUUUCAAUUUACACGUCCUUCCCAAGUGUCUUCUGCCGCCCUUCGUGUCCUGAAAGAGGCCAUAUGGUGCAAACUGGUGAAUGUAGCGCUAAGUUCAGAAAAGUCAUCUGAGCAUGUACUGGUUCUGUCCAGCAUUAUAAGAGAGUCCAAUGUUAGUGAUGAAGAGUUACAGAGUCUGUUUGACCAGCUUCCUGUGGCCCUGGCACAAUCUUGGAACCCAGACAAAUGGGCUCUGGCUGACGCUGUAUCACAAUCUGCAGACCGUUCUGGGAAAGAUAUGUCUUCUUGGAAGCAAGCUCUUCUGGCAUCGUGUAUGAAGUGUCUGAUUGCUACGUACAGCGCCAACAAAGAAAGUGAGGCAUCCACACAGGAAGCGGAGAAAGCUUUGCUUCUACAUCUUAAGGAACUUAUGCCAUUUGUAAAGAAAAAUAUACCCACUGAAUGGAAGACCCUAGUGAAAACUGGACUCAAGUAUCGGUACAAGGAUUGUGAGUUUUUGGCAGCUCUACGUGAGGGCAUUGAGCUGUGGUAUGGGUCGGAGAGUUUAUCAGUGAAAGGUUUAGUGGAGCUGCCGGUCAUUCACAUGAUGAUAACCCAGCAUUCUCUGUUUCUGCCAACCCUGCUGAGAUCCAGAGAGGAGCAGAAUGAAAACAACACCAGUCGAGAAAUGUUAGUGGAUUUGCUGAGAUCAGUAGUUAUGAAAUGCCCUUCUGUCUGUGAUGGCAAUCACUUUGCUGUUUUAUUGGGAGCGUAUGGAGCAAGUCUUAGCCGUACAGACCAAAAAAUACUGCUGCUUCUGCAAGCCUAUGAAAAGAAUAACAUAAGUCUUACUGAUUUCAGGCUGCUGCUGUGGGGCCCGGCUGCAGUUGAGCAUCACAAGACACGGAAGAGCCUGGGGAAGUCUCUGUGGCAACAGCCCAGCAUGGAGGAGAUACUCACUUUACUGGAUCGAGAGAGAAUGAUGAAAACUAUUCUCCAUUUCCCACAACAUCGCAAGCUUGUGACUGAACAAGAUAGAGUGUUUGAAGAUUCUGCAAUUACAGAUUUGGAUGAUCUGUAUGAUCCCUGUUUUCUGCUUCCACUUUUCAGUGAAUUAAUAAGGCCAGAGCUGGUUGUAGACUGCCUAAAGUUUGUUGAUGUGAAUGGUUUGGGAUUAGCUGUUGCAGCCCUCAGCAGUUAUGAUUACAAUAUGAGAGCAGCCGCUUAUUACAUACUGGGGACUUUCCUUUCCCACAUGGAAGGUGCACGGUUUCGAGACAAGAAGCAGCUACAGAACCUUAUGGAUGUGGUGAAAAAUGGGAUCCGGCAACAGAAUUUGAGAUUGACCUUCUCGUUGACUCUCUAUGUUGCAAAAGCAGCGCAGCAAAUCCUUAAACCUGAAGAGCACAUGUACAUAAAAAUUUGUAGAUUCCUACUGUCACAUCAGUAUUUGGACAUGAAGAAAGUGCCGGAUUUCUACAAACUUUUCUACAGCUUUGAUUUAGAGCACAAAUUAGAGCGGGAGUGGAUCCUCGGCCUUCUGAAUGACGGGAUGCGGGAUAGAUACUGCUAUGAACUUUAUGAUUAUCAGAGAAUUUUUCAUGUCCUUUUGACGUUCUAUAACAGCCCUUUGUGUGAUGAGACAUCUCAGAAUCAAAUCCUUGAAGUACUACAGAAUGCUGCACUUGUUACAAAAGCUGCUUAUCAACUAAUACGAGACCAAAGUCUUUUAACAUGGAUUCUAAAUAUCCUUGAGAGAAGGUAUCUUGCAAACAAGAUGUUAGCUAAUGUGAUUUUGUUAGUUCACAAUUUGUGGCUAACAAAUCUAGGAAACAAAGAGAGUGAUUGUUCUGACGAGGAGCAGAGCAAAGAAGGGUCCACCAACAAGAAAAAGUUCCUUCCACUUCACUUUGUUAAUGAAUUUUUCAGUGUGCUGAUGGCAUUGCUCAGACAUAUUCGAUCAAAUUUGCAAUUCAUCCAACUUAAGCAGUUUUUCAGCACCAUGAGCUCUGUUCUGAGUCACCGCAAAGUUGUUUUAAAAGCCUUUAAAGAGAUGGGACGAUUCGCUGUAAACGAGAAGAUCUUUUCAGCCAAGGAUGCUUUGGUGUUUCUUCACAAGUGGAGCACAAUUGAAAAAGAUAGUAAAUUACAGGAGAGGCUUAGCAAUCUGGCCCAAAAGUACAAAGUAAAAGAACUGCUUGAUAUUAUUAAGGAGAAGUAUAGGCCACAUGACUCCAGGCAACUGAAGAAAAGAAAAGAGCUUGAAGAUCAGGAAGAUUCCGAAGAACAGCAGGAAGUGAUCUCCCAUCUAGAAGAUUCCAGGGAUCAUAUAAAAUCCAUAUUGAUGCACUGGGAGCCGGUUUUCUCAAAUACAGCUUUUGUGGCUAAAAAAGAAAAUGCUAAUCGAGAGGGAAAAUUGCAAACUGAGGACUGCAAUAAGGAUGAGAGCAGUGAUACCGACCAGUUUGUCUCUGCCACAGCUUGCCUAGUAGCCAAUUGGAUUUUAAAAACAGAAUCAGAGCAUGCAAUGAACACUCAGAAUAUAUAUAAAUCAAUCAAAUGGUUUAAUGCCAGCAUUGUGCCACAUACGCAUGUGAUGCAAGAGAUUAUCAAAGACUCCGUGUUAAAAAACACCAUUUUUAGGCUGUUCAGCAGAGCUUGCAGCGUCACUGAGAUGAAGGUGUCCAGCCUUGAGCUCAUGCGUUUGUUCAAUACCGUUAUGAUACGGCUAAUAGAGACUCAGAUGCUGGGUAAAAAUGCUUGGCAUGAUGCUGUAAAAGCGAUUUGUCCUGAUAGCUCACCGGACAGCGCAAGAACAGCACCUGGUGAGUUCUUAGUGUCACUUUAUGUUGGAGAUUUCUGGCUGGGUGCUGAAGAGACGGGUAUGUUAAGAAGUCAUGUAGAAGUCAUAAAUGAAGCCGCUCAAAUGGACUUCACUGGUUCCAAACAAAAAAAGCCCACACGAAAGAAGAGUGAAUAUGAAGAUGGGAUUGUGUCACUUUGUAAAGACCUUUUAAGACAUUAACUUGCCCUGAGUGACUUCUGCUGUGCACAAGAACAUUAACUCGUUACAAGAGCGGUUCUGUAAUAUUUCAGUAUGUGGAACUCCUAAUGAGACAAUGCAGCUUCUUGAAGGAUAAUAUCAAAGGAGUAUUUAACAUCUAUAUGAAAGCUAAAUGAAUAUAAAAAUGUUAAUAUUGUGCCUUAGCUGCAGUUAUGUAACAGUUAACUGUUUCUCCAACAUAGGUGUGUCCGGUCCACGGCGUCAUCCUUACUUGUGGGAUAUU